CCGGGCUGUUGGCCCAAGUGACACGAACGUUUAGAGAAAACGUGAUGAACGUAACACAGGCCGAGAUAUCUACAACAAUGGGUAAUCAUUCUUCGGUUUCGAAAUCGACAUGGACAUCCAAUAUUAGCUCCGAAGAUAUGCUGACCGAAGUUCUGUCGUAUUUCACGCAACCAUCAAUACCGGAGAAGAUGGAGCGUAUCUGGAAUUUUAUAUCAGACAUAUAGAUGGAAGCCCGAUUAGUUCAGAAGCCGAAAAGCAACGAGUGAUCAUGUGUUUAAAAGCCGCGGUUGAAAGAAGGGCACGCGAGGGUGUGUGUCUCGAGCUAUUCAAACCCGACAAACCCGGGCUGUUGGCCCAAGUGACACGAACGUUUAGAGAAAACGCGAUGAACGUAACACAGGCCGAGAUAUCUACAACAAUGGGUAAUCAUUCUUCGGUUUCGAAAUCGACAUGGACAUCCAAUAUUAGCUCCGAAGAUAUGCUGACCGAAGUUCUGUCGUAUUUCACGCAACCAUCAAUACCGGAGAAGACGGAGCGUAUCUGGAAUUUUAUAUCAGACAUAUAGAUGGAAGCCCGAUUAGUUCAGAAGCCGAAAAGCAACGAGUUAUCAUGUGUUUAAAAGCCGCGGUUUAAAGAAGGGCACCCGAGGGUGUGCGUCUCGAGCUAUUCAAACCCGACAAACCCGGGCUGUUGGCCUAAGUGACACGAACGUUUAGAGAAAACGCGAUGAACGUAACACAGACCGAGAUAUCUACAAC